AUGCUCCGACAGCAGCCACAGACUAGACCUUCUUCUGUCAGUGUCCAGUGUGGAGAGGACACCAUGGAGGUCAGUGUCCAGAGGGAUUUGUAUGGGAAUGGAAAGCUAGUAAAACCCUCCGAUCUGAGCCUGGGAGUCCAACAAUGCAAGCCAAGCACCGAAAGUACUGACAACAUGGUCAUCUUCCAGAUUGGCCUCCAAGACUGUGGCAACACUGCGCAGGAAUGCUCUAAACUAGUGCUUAAAGUGUGGGUCGUGACCCCAUAUGGGGUCCAGCAAGUGAACAGGAGUGGUCACGAUCUGAAUCCCUGGCCAGAACCGUCAUCAAGGGGGCAUGGUAAUGUGAGCAGCAAGGCCAUUAAGCCAACAUGGCUUCCAUUCAGCACCACUGUGUCCUCGGAAGAGAGGCUGUCCUUUUCUUUGCACUUGAUGGCUGAGGACUGGAGUGGCCCUAGAAGUUCUUCAGUGUUUCAGUUGGGAGAUAUUCUCUACAUAGAGGCCUCUGUGGACAUUCAGAACCAUAUUGGCCUGAUCCUGUUUAUUGACCGAUGUGUGGCCACUAUAUCGCCUGAUGCCAGCUCUUCUCCUAAUUAUGAUAUCAUUACAGACAAUGGGUGUCUGGUAGAUGGAAUGCAAGAGGACUCCUCUGCAGCCUUCAUGACUCCAAGGGUCAAACCAGACAACCUACGGUUCACAGUGGAUGUCUUCCGAUUCCUAGGAAAUGAUGCGUCUCUGAUCUACAUAACCUGUUACCUGAGAGCUGCUGCGGCCACCCAGGUCCCAGAUUCUAUGAACAAGGCCUGUUCCUAUAGCAAGGCCACAAAUGGCUGGUCUGCAGUUGAGGGCCCCAGCAAUAUCUGCCAGUGUUGUCAGACAACAGGCACCUGCAGCAACCCUAAUCUGAUGACAGGAGAAAGGACCAGAUUUGGAAGACCGAGAGCAUUUGGCAAGAGGGAAGCCUUGGAUGAACCCCACAUAGAAGGUGGACAAAGUGUCACUACUCUGGGACCUCUGCUUGUGAUUGGGCCAAAACAAAGCGAUGUUGCACUUCAAAUGACAAAGGAAGAGUCUGCCCCUGUGGAGCUCUGGGUGUUGGUGGCUGUUGGAUGUCUCAGUCUUCUGGUUGUCCUUGUAUGUGCAGUGUCCAUUUGGAAGUCUCUGAAAAAGCCACACAAUGUGCUGUCUGUGGAAAAAUAA